AUGUGGAAGAGCAUUUGCUAUCAUCUUCUUGCAACUCUAGUGGUAAUAGUCCUUGUUCUUGAAGAAGUCACUUUUAAGUCUGAAGUUGCUGCUAUUGUCCUACAAGCUACUUGUACUCGCAAUACACAAUGCAGUGCUACCAUGGCAGAAAGAAGUGACACUGAUGAGGAAGAACUUUUAAUGGAGUCCGAGACGAGUCAAAGACUUCUCCUUGGAGGAAAAUUUAUUAGUCCGGGAACUCUCCGGCGCAAUAUACCGGCUUGUGGGAAUGCUGAAAGAGGUGAUCCCUAUAGUGCAACCUGCUUACCACCACCAUCCAAUCCAUAUAACAGGGGAUGCUUAAGGUAUUAUAAGUGUAGACAUCAGUGA